GACAGAAAUCAAAAUUGUUGUGGAUGUGGAAACACCCGAUCUGGCAACUGGAAAACAUUCCCAGGAAUGAAGGAGGGGUAAUCGGCCCAGAGUCUGAGCACCACCCCCCGAGUAGGAGGACGAGUGGGUGAACUUUGUCACAAAUAUCACCGAGCUGCACCGUUUGCACCUAAUCAGACUAAACCGACAGAAGCCUGCAGCGUCCUGCGCCCUGAAUAAUGUACUUCUGGUUCACCGUGUUGGCCGGACUGGCCAUCCUCUGUUACUCAUACGUAAGAACUUUUUGCCCGUAUUUCGGCGAGGAUUUCGUGUACAUCCUCAGGAGCGUUAAACUCGGCAUCAGGCUGGUCAAAUACAAGAAGCUCAAACCCUUCUACAGCCUCUUGGACUGUUUCUUGGACGCGGCGAAGAAGCAUCCCGAGAAGAUCUUCGUGCACUUUGAGGGUCGCUCGUACUCUUAUGGCGAAGUGGACAAACAGAGCAACAAGGUGGCCAGAGCUCUGCAGGCUGAGGCAGGGCUGAAGGAGGGGGACACGGUCGCCCUGUUUCUGGCCAACGAGCCCAGCUUCAUGUGGACCUGGCUCGGUUUGGCCAAGCUCGGCUGCCCCGCGGCUCUGCUCAACUUCAACAUACGAUCCAAGUCCCUGCUGCACUGUUUCUCCUGCUGCGGGGCCAAAGUGAUCAUCGCCUCUCCAGAGCUGCAGGACGCUGUGGAGGAGAUUCUGCCAACGCUGAGGGAGCAGGGUAUCGCUGUGUACCUCCUGUCGGAGAGCUGCAGCGUGGAGGGCAUCAACGCUCUCUGCGACAAGAUCUCUAAGGCCUCGGAUCAGCCGCUGUCCCCGGACCUCAGAUUAAACAUCCACAUCAGGAGCACUGCCCUCUACAUCUACACGUCCGGCACCACAGGUUUGCCUAAAGCAGCCGUUGUCACCCAUGAGAGGGUGUGGGCGGCCUCCUUCCUCCAGGCGGCGUGCGGGGUCACAGCCGACGACAUCUUCUACAUCAAUCUGCCCCUCUACCACAGCGCAGGCUUCCUGAUCGGGAUGGCAGGAGCCAUAGAGAGAGGUAUGACCGUUGUUCUGCGGAGGAAAUUUUCUGCCUCUCAGUUCUGGGACGACUGCAGGAAGUACGAUGUGACAGUGAUGCAGUACAUUGGUGAAACCAUGCGCUACCUCUGCAACACGCCUAAGAAAGACAACGACAGGAACCACAAAGUGAGAAUUGCCAUCGGCAACGGCGUCCGCAGCGACAUCUGGUCCCAGUUUCUGAAUCGUUUCGGGGACAUUAAAGUCAGAGAGCUGUACGCCGCCACGGAGGGAAACAUCGGCUUCAUCAACUACACCUCCAAGGUCGGAGCGGUGGGGCGGGUCAACUUUGUGCACAAGUUUUUCUUCCCCUACACUCUGAUCAAGUUUGACGUUCAGAAGGAGGAGCCGGUCAGGAACUCUGAGGGCCUGUGCAUUGAAGCAGGGAUAGGCGAGGCGGGGCUUUUAGUGGGAAAGGUCACCCGGAGGUCCCCCUUCGUUGGGUACGCCGGCAACCAGCAGCAGACCGAGAAGAAGAGGCUUCGCGACGUCUUAAAGAAAGGAGACCUGUUCUUCAACACCGGCGAUUUGCUUGUGGUCGACCACGAAAAAUUUGUGUACUUCCAGGACCGAGUUGGUGACACUUUCAGGUGGAAAGGAGAGAACGUCGCCACGUCGGAGGUCGCAGACAUUCUCACAAUGGUUCACUGCAUUUUAGAGGCGAACGUUUACGGGGUCAAAGUUGAAGGUCACGAGGGGCGCAUCGGCAUGGCAGCUGUCACUUUGAAAGAGGGACAAGACUUCGACUGUUUGGGCACCUACAAGCAGGUCGUCAACUACCUCCCGAGUUACGCGAGACCCAGAUUCAUCAGGAUUCAGCCAUGCCUGGAGAUGACGGGGACGUUCAAGAUGAAGAAGGUGAGGCUGGUGGAGGAGGGAUUCGACCCAGCUCACAUCAGAGACCCUUUGUACUUCCUCGAUACCGACAAAAAGACUUACGUCCCCAUGACCGGGGAGAUCUACCGAGCCAUCGGCGCCAGGGAAAUGAAACUGUAGCACAGAAACUAGCCGGCGUUUGUUUACGAAGGCGUAACAGCUCAUUCAUGGACCCUAACAGUCGACUAAUCUCAGGGACAGACUUUGAACGGCCCGUCAUGUGAAGAGACUUCUUUCUAUAUUGACACAACUAUUGCACCUCUGAAGUUUUUGACCUGUUCCACAAUCCUGACAGUACGUGACAUGCAGGUAUGUCUAAAUGUCGUUUGUUUUUUAAUAAGUCCUUGAUGAAUAAAAGGUCUGGUUUUCAUCCUCCCCAGACAUAUCCUCUAA